CAACGGCUCGCGCUUCUUCUGUGAGUGAAACGGCAAGGAAGAAUCUUCGGGGAAGACGAAGACAUGCGGUCUUCAAAAGCAGUGGCGGCGGAGGAGGAUGCUCUGAACCGGGCGGCGGUGGCGGCGCCUAAUCAGCAAGCUACCGGGAGGCGGAAGGCCACGGGAAACAUCCGGGCGUGGUUGGUGGUAUCGGACUCAGGGAGGUCGUACCUUGAAGAAGUUGGGAAGCACUCUAUCAUGAAACGAACGGGGCUACCAGCGAGAGAUCUAAGAGUGCUCGAUCCACAGCUAUCGUAUCCCUCGACAAUCCUUGGGAGAGAGAGAGCCAUCGUGAUCAAUCUAGAGCACAUCAAGGCGGUAAUCACGGCGACGGAGGUGCUCGUCCCCAACUCCAGAGAUCCAUUGGUUGCUCCAUUUGUUCAAGAUCUGCAAGCGAGGGUCUCCUCCAGCUCUUAUGGUGCUCCGCAGCGUGUGCUAUUUUGCUAUAUGAAGGUUGCAGAAUUUGAUGGUGUGGAUACAGAUGUCACUGCUAAGGAUGUGUCCACUAGUAAAACACAAUUAGAUAGCCCCAGACUUGCUUUGGAUGCGUACGAUAAUGGGACCACCAAAGUAUUGCCUUUUGAGUUCCGAGCGCUUGAAGCCUGUCUUGAAUCAGCAUGCAGACUUCUUGAAUCUGAGACAUUAACCUUGGAGCAAGAAGCAUACCCAGCUUUGGAUGAGUUGACGUCAAAAAUCAGCACACUUAAUCUUGAGCGUGUUAGACAAAUUAAGUCUCGUCUUGUUGCUAUUUCUGGGCGUGUGCAAAAGGUAAGAGAUGAACUAGAACACUUAUUGGAUGACGACAUGGAUAUGGCUGAAAUGUAUUUAAGUGAGAAACUGGCUUUUCAACGAGUUGGUGAAACCUCUUUGAGGGUUGAUAUUGGAAAUGUUGAACUUGAAAUGGACGAUGAUCGAGAUGAAGAUGCUAAAAGUGAAACGGAGAGCAACACUGGAGGCUUAGGUGGUUUCAAGCUUAAUAUUGAGGAAUUGGAGAUGCUGUUAGAAGCUUACUUCGUGCAGAUAGACGGUACUCUAAAUAAACUAUCCACACUGAGGGAGUAUGUUGACGAUACCGAGGAUUACAUUAAUAUCAUGUUGGACGAGAAGCAGAAUCAGCUGCUUCAGAUGGGUGUUAUGCUAAGCACUGCAACUCUGGUUGUCACAGCCGGUGUCGUUGUAGUGGGUAUAUUUGGUAUGAAUAUCACCAUUGAUCUUUUUAAUAUGCCAACAUAUCACCAGUUCUGGGAGACCACCGGCGGCACUGUCGGAGGCUGUAUCAUACUUUACGUCUUGGCAAUUUGCUGGGGUAAGAAAAGUGGGCUUCUCCAGUGAGAUGGAAGGGGAUCUCUUCAAUUUCAAUAGCAGAGACCUCUGUCAAUUUAAUGAUUUACAAACUUCAGAAGUUGAGUGAUGCGGUGCAUUUUAUGCUUGAGGUGUUCCCUAGGACACCUUAUCUAGUUUGCUAGAAUGCUCUUUUUUACUUUAUAGAUAGCAAGUUUUGUAAUAGGAAAAUCAUUGAAUGAUAUUAUCUUUUUGUUAAAGCUUUGAAAGCUUCUUCUUCUUCCCUGGAUUGGGAAAACCCAAAUCCUUCUUGCAGGUCACAUCUUCCGACGAUCCACUACAUCAUUGAGGUGAAGUACUUUCAACGCUGUUGUAAGAUAUAACUUUACCAGUGUAUUAAGCUUUUUAUUGAUAUAGGAUCUAAUGCGGUCUUAACGUACGCAUUUGCAAUGGAAAAUUUCUAUGUAUAUUUGUUCCUUAUUGUCUUUGAAAACUGCCAUCUACAUGAAUCCAAAAUAUUAUUGCAUGGUU